GCGGGCAAGCCUUAUCAAGAUCCUGAAUUGUUUAUUUUCUACAAAAAUGUUUUUUGAAUCCAGGUGUUUGCAAAGACCACAGUAACUGCUUUAACGAGGGCCAAUGCGCUGCUGAUGUUGAAAACAGUGAAAAUAAGUUUUGCCGGUGUGAAAAAGGUACAAGUGGAGAUUUUUGCUUAGGAGUUGAUGACUGUUUAGAUGGUUCUUUGCAUUGUGGUGAUGCGGAGAACGUAACAUGCAUUUGGGACAUAAAAAUGAAGCUCGCAAAGUGUGAUUGCAGGAAUGAACUCUUUUAUGAAAAAGAAACCCAGACCUGUAUAGAUUGCAAAACUUGUGGUAAAGAUUAUCAUGGUUGCAAGAUUGCUGCUGAUGAUGCCAUAAGUUGCUUGUGUAACGAAGGUUUCAUACAACAUGGAAUGGAAUGUAAAGAAUGUGACUGUGGACGCAACGGCACCUGUUCCUUCGAUGAAUCAAAUGAAAAGGUUUGUGCAUGCAUUCCUGACUUUCUUGUGAACAAUGGAAAAUGUCAAGAAUGUCAGUGUGGAACACAUGGAAACUGUUCCUUUGUUAAAGGACAAAAACACUGCAAUUGUGAUGAAAAGUAUGGUUUCAAUGGAGAAAAAUGCGUAGAUUGCCAGUGUGGUAAAGCCACUGGUUGUACCUUUGAAGCAGGUAGCAAAACUUGUGACUGUUUACCUGAUUUUGCCCAGAAAGGGGAAUCAUGUGAAGAGUGCAAGUGUGGUAAAAACUCAAUCUGUUCUUUUGUUGAUGGAGAGAAAAACUGUACAUGCCAACCCAAAUUUGCCCUCAAGGACAAAGAAUGUACUGCCUGUGACUGUCAUGAAACAUCUGUGGGAUGCAUCUUUGAUGGAGAUAAAACUAUAUGCUUAUGUGCUAAAGGAUAUGCAUUGAAUGAAACCAAAUGCACAGAAUGUGAUUGUGUCCAUGGAAUAUGCUCAUUUGAAAAAGGUCAGAAACAAUGUAGCUGUGACAAAGGUUAUGCUUUUAAAGAUGGCGUAUGUCAAGUUUGUGAUUGUGGGGAGCAUGGAAAAUGCUUGUUUGAUGACUCUGGAAGCAAAACCUGCGAGUGUGAUGAUGGAUAUGCUUUUAGAGACGGAAAAUGUCAUGCUAUUUGCCAGCAAGAAAGUUGUGAAAAUGGCGGCACUUGUGAUGAAGAAACCAAGUUCUGCAGCUGCAAAAAUGGAACAGAGGGUGAUUUUUGCAAAAUCGUUGUUGAUUGUUUAGACUCCUUAAAGGAAUGCAAAGGUGAUAAUGGAAAGUGUACAUAUAAUGUAAGCAAUCAAAAAGCCCAAUGUGAUUGUCCAACUGGAAAAGAGUUUGAUAAUUCAUCAAAAAAAUGCAAAAUCACUUGUACUGAAAAGAGCUGCAAAAAUCAAGGACAGUGCAAGGAAAGAUUCUGCAUUUGCAACGAAGGCACCAGUGGAGAUUUAUGUGAUAUUGUGGAUGAAUGCAGCAAGUUGAAUGAGACUUGUCAUAAUGCAACAGCAGUAUGUAAAUAUGCUGCAGAUAAGCCAGGAAAAGCGGCUUGCUUUUGUACAGAGGAUGAUUACACAUUUGACGAAGCCCAAAGUCAAUGCAAACCUAUCUGGUGUGAGGAAAAUGCAUGUGGUGUAGGCUCUGAAUGUAAAUUCGAAAACGGAGUUGGAUAUUGCGAGUGUAAAAAUUCAAAACAGUACUACAACUACAAAAAUAAUAAAUGCGAAGAAUAUGACCCUUGCCUCUUAAUGACUUGUAAAGCCAAUCAAAUUUGUGAUGAGGGAACAUGUAAGUGUAUGGAAAAAUACAAAGAAGUGGAGGAGAAGUGUGUUCCAAACUUUUGUAGCGAGAAUCCUUGCUUUACUGGAGCUACAUGUGUUGAAACUGAAGUGCCUGGGGUUGUAAAUUGUCUUUGUAAUGGCAAAAUGUAUUUUGACGGAAAUAAAUGUACAGAUGGAAGCUGCUUCUUAAAUGAUUAUAGACAGAACUGUACUGAAAAAUGUCCUCCAGGUCUUGAGAGGGAUGAUAAUGGAAUCUGUUUGCACAAAAAUGAAAGCUAUCGGUGUGACAAAAACUGCCAAUAUGGUUCAUGCGUCCUGAAGGAUGGGGAUGAAACUUGUGUAUGUAUUCCAAAAUAUGCCAAAUUGCAAGAUGGAGUUUGCAUCCUUAAUGCUGAUGUUGUAUGUGCAAGCAAACUGUUGACUGAUGACCUCUCAAAAUGCAAUGCUACUGAGCCGUAUAAAUAUGCUGAAAAUGGAAUUACCCUUGAAAAAAAAUCUUGUGCUGAUAAAGAAGUUGCGGAUAAAUGCCUUGAUGCUGCUGCAACGUGCAAAGACAGCUGGAACAAGGAAACUGUUCAUGAAUGUGCUUGUGAAGAGGGCUAUACAAAGGAUUCAUCUGGUUAUUGUGCAGAGGGUUGUCAAUCAGGAAAGAAAUCAGAGUGCAUGGAAGAGGGAAAAUCUUGCUACAUAAACGAACUGAAACAAGCUAAAUGUGAUUGUCCGCCACCUCUAUCUUGGAAUGAAGAAACAAAAACAUGUAAUAAAUUGGAUGAAAAUACAUUCAUGGUUCAAAACCUACCUGUACUCAAGAAGAAAUAUGUCAGAAAAGAUGGCUCAAUUGAUAAAGUGUUAUUAAAUACUCACAUCAUACAGUCUAUGAAGCAAGUUUACAAGAAUAUUGAUAACACUUAUAUGUUCAAUUACGACCAAUCUGAAGACAUUCUUAACUGCAGUGUUAUUGUAAAAUUUUCAAAGGGAGGCAAAAGUGAAGUCAAGCGAAUUAGAAUGUUGAAAUUGCCUGAAAUCAACUGCACUGACUGCGAUGAAAAUCUUUCAGUGCUACCUCCUUCUUUAUUUUUGGGUUCCAAAAGUUUAAAUCAAGUUACGGACGAACAAGCAGAUUUGUGCUCCAAGCCUCUUACUAAAACACUCUGUGGUGAUUAUGCAGAAUGUAAGGAGAAUAAAUGCUUCUGUCGUGAUGGUUUCAGGGUGACUGACUACAGUGUUCAAAAAUAUAAGCAAUUCACUAUUUUAAGGUGUGAAGAUGUAAAUGAAUGUGCUGAUAAAAAGCAUGUUUGCCAUGAAAGUACGAACUCAACAUGUGAAAAUACCAUUGGUGGCUACUAUUGCAAAUGUUUACCAGGUUUUAAAAAGAUAGAUACCAAGCUCCCAUUUGAAACUCAAGAAAACAAAGACCCAUGCAGUGAUCUGUGUACACCUGACCCUUGCUACAAAGGAACAUGUCUGGUAAAAGACAAAGCGUUUGACUGCAACUGCGAACUGGGAUAUAGUGGAAGUUUAUGCAACAGAGAAGAUAGUCCACUGAAAAAAGCAAAUAAAAGCAUCAAAAUUGUUGGAGCAGUCCUUGGAACUCUUUUGGGCGUUACUAUACUUUUAUUCAUUGCUUAUGUUUGGAGGAAGAAGGCGUAUAAAUACUCAGAAGACUUCUCAAUUGCCCCACAAUAUGCUGGUGAUACUGAAAUGAGAGACGGGAGGCCUAUGCGUGGAAUAACGAAUAGAGCAUAUGAAUAAUUUUUGAAUAAAUCUCUCAAAGAACUUUCUGAAUACUCAACUGCGUUAAAACUGUUCAGCAUGUUUUAUGUAGCGUAUUUAAUUUAAAUGCUAUGCAUCCAUGUUUCUGCUAGAAGCUGAAUUUGGAGGUUUUUCCUGUUAUGCACAAAAAAAAAGGUGUAAAUAUCAAAACUUCUUGAUUUGUGGUUAUUUGUGAAAAAGAAGUGAAAGCAGUGUUGGACCAGUUGCAGAAUUAUUUCAAAACUUCCUUCAAAAACUGUUAUGGUCUCCAAUUGUAAGAUAAACUUGAUGUAAAAGUUUAGAUGCAUCUGUUGUAAAAAUAAAAUGUUUUUAUCUUUAUA